ACCUCUUUGUCAGCCAUCCACCCUAGUCAGAAGGCAGCAGUUACUAGACAAAGGCACUAUGUGUCUUACUCCUACUGACAAAUCUAUUUCCCUUCCUGGGUGCUUGGCCACAAGGAAUGGAGAACAAACAGUGAAAUGAAAGGACUCGAGUGGGUACUUGGAGACGCUGAAGAACUGCCCUUUGAUGAUGACAAAUUUGAUGUUUACACCAUUGCAUUUGGGAUCCGGAAUGUCACACACAUUGACCAGGCUCUCCAGGAAGCCCAUCGGGUCCUAAAGCCAGGAGGACGAUUCCUCUGUCUGGAGUUUAGCCAAGUGAAUGAUCCCUUCAUAUCCAGACUCUAUGAUCUGUACAGCUUUCAGAUCAUCCCUGUCAUUGGCGAGGUUAUUGCAGGAGACUGGAAGUCCUACCAAUACCUUGUGGAAAGUAUUCGGAAGUUCCCAAAUCAGGAAGAAUUCAAAGAGAUGAUUGAAGAUGCAGGCUUUCAGAAGGUGACUUAUGAGAACCUCACUACAGGGAUUGUGGCCAUUCAUUCAGGCUUCAAACUUUAGCUCCUUUUCUACUGUGGAGCAUGAGGCAGUCAUUUCUGCUGAAGCCUAGAACUGGAAGAUAAUCUCUCUGAUGAGACAGUAGCUGAGCAUCCGUCUCCUAAGGGUAUAAAACCUUGGAUUCAUGUUCUGCACUGACCAGCCUCAAAAAGGAAGAAACAAAUGCUUUCAUUUUUUUGUAGCUCUCAUUAGCAGCUACCCAGGCUGCUCUGGCCUCCAGAAGUAUCUGGCCUGAUUUUUGCUAAACUCCUGCUAGCACUUAUCUGUGCCAUGUGGGAGUCAGGUGAGAGCAGCUCCAAUGAAGUUUUGAAGCUUAUCUAUAGCUUCUCCAUCACAGACGUUUUCCAGAGCAAUAAUGGAUCAUUGGAACCCAAGGCUGAUUUGAACCAGCCCUGCAGACCACAGCUGAAUGAAUGAAUCUAGGGCCAAAAGCCAAGGUCCAAGUCAGAACGCUGGUGAGGUGUUCAGGGGUGAGCACGUGCUAGAGCUGGGGCUGAGGACGCAGCUCAGUGGGAGAGCACAUGCGCUUAGCCUAUUGAGGCCCUGGGUUUGGUGUUCAUCACCAGAAAAAAAAGUAGGGUUUUGUGAAGCAGUAAAGUUUACAAUUUGG